AAGAAUGAUGGGGUCGUGAAGGGUUACUGUCACUAAAACUGUUUAUUGCAAAAAAAUCUUCAAUGUGCGACGCUAAAUUGGAAAGUCUAUCAAAAGACAGUGACAAAUUCCGUUGUCCUAUAUGUCUGGAGAAGGUAAGGAACCCCAAGUAUUUGCCAUGUUAUCAUACGUUUUGUAAAUCCUGCAUUCAGACCUACAUAUCAAGUACGGCGGCGUGUAGCGGUGAUAAUUCUCCUAAAACUAUCCAGUGUCCUGUCUGUCGGAAGUCCAUCCAAGCUCCAAGUGAUGACGCCUCCAGUGAAGAAUGGGCCUGUAGUUUACCCAAAGAUAAACUGAUUCUGAGUAUGUCUGUAGACUCUGAUAGAAGUGAAAACAAGUAUUGCAUGUUUUGUAAGAGAAAUGACAAAACUGUUCCAGCAAAACAUUGGUGUAAAACUUGUACGGAAACGAUUUGUGAUGACUGCAAGUCAUUUCACUCCCAUGUCCCAUUGCUCCAGUGUCACAAAAUAGUGCGUCUUUCAGAUGUCGAGAAUUUGAGAAAAGAGACAGAAAUAGAUGAACCUUGUGUAAUACAUAAGGGGAAGUAUGUUGAGGUAUUCUGCCAUGAUCAUGAUCAGCUUUGUUGCAGCACAUGUUUUUUCACCAAGCAUAGAUUUUGUAAAAAGGUGGAGUCUAUUGAAGAUGUUACAAUGGAACUUGAAGAAUCCUACGGUCAAAUAACACCAAAGUGUUUCGAAGAUGUUCUAAAGAACCUCGAUCACGAACGAAAAAUGUACAGGGAAACAGUUGCACACCUCAAUGCCAAAAAACAAGAAAUCUGUAAGAACACUGAAACAAAGAUAGAAGAAAUAAAGUCUCUUCUAGACAAGGCCCAAAACCAAUGGAUGAAGCAAUUUGAACAGAAGCAUUCUGAUGCUGUUGAAAAUAUUGAAAUAGUGUCAGAUGAAGUGAAACGGUUUGCCACAGCGGUGCAGGAGGCAAAAACCAUGCUGCAAAGGGUGCUAGAGAAUGGGUCUACAAAGCAGAUAUUUGUUAGCCGAUACAAAGUUCGCCAUCAAAUCUUGGAUCAUGUUGAUCGUUUGCGUGGUUUGAACAUUUGGGGUGUUGUGUAUGAUUACAACCAACCUGAUACGGAUUUCCUUCGUCAAGUCUUUAAAAACCGAAAUUUUCAAGAUGUUAGUGUUCUUGAAAUGCCUACUGAAACAUUGGAUACAGUGUCAACAUUAGCUGUUCAACUACAAAGCACUACCAUGUUGUACAGACGAAAAAUAAUGUCACAGAAGGACUGGAUGAAAAUAGGAUUUGAAAAACUCGCUGAAUCUGAGCUAAAUUCAGAUGUUAAUUAUGGCUUAUUUGUAGAUGACACGAACGUUCUUCUGUCUGUGAAAAAUCCACCAUCUCUACAGAUUUAUGACAUCACAGAUACAAAAGCAAGAUGUGUACUCGCGUAUCCAUGUUCGACCACUCCGUAUGGCCUUUGUCAAUCAGGGAAGAGCAUGGAUAAAGUGUACGUGUCUUUUGAAACCCAUGUUGAUUAUUAUAAGGUUGAAAUCUCCCAUAGUGUAUCACUUAAGAAGAUCAAAACCAUCGAGCUGAAAGGAUGCAUGAAAGCGCUUUCCUGUGGGCCAGAAAUGUUUUUCACACGAAAUGACAAGAUGAGAAUGAUUUGUACACCAGAUUUUUCAGUCAAAUACAGUUCACCGGGGUCAUCAGGUGGAAAUCCACCAUUUAUUUCGGCGUCAUUCCAUUCUGAUAAGCAUGCCGUUAUUGUAGGCAAUGAUUUACUAGUUGUAGACAAAAACAAUGAAGAGUUAUUCAAGAAGAAUCUACAAGAUUGUUCUCCACGUGGAUUAGCGUUUGAUCUGCAGGAAAAUAUUUUUGUUUGUCUGAAGAGUAAUAAACUAAUACAGAUCAAAUAUGGAGGAGGUGAGAGUAGAUACAUUGAAUUACCGAAUAUCAAAGAAUCGUACAAUGUAGUAUUUCAUCCAACAGGGGAGAAAAUGCUCGUUCUGGACUUUCGUAAAAGAUUUAGUGUAUACAGAGUAUUAGAUAAACAUAAAGAUUAACUGGAUAGUCUUAAGUAACAACAUGCUUCUUUAAAGUACUUUGAUGUAUAUUUGCAUC